AUGGCCCACCAAAGUUGCAGUCAAGCCCCAGUGUGGCUGGUGCACCUCCCUGGCCGGGUGCCUCGGCGACGUGCGCAGGGGCGCAUUCGGAGCGGUGGACGGGGAAGCUUUGGCGGGGUUUUGCAGCGACCGAACCGCGGGGCACAUUGCUGCUCUAUCUGCGUAAAGGCAUCUCCCACACCGGUACUAGCAACCACAUUCCCACAUCAGGCCGACAAGAUGGAGUUGACAUUUGAGCCAUUGAAGAACGACCUACUUUUGCGGGCAGCAAGAGGCGAGACGGUCGAGCGCCCGCCAUGCUGGAUCAUGCGUCAAGCCGGCCGCUACCUCCCCGAGUACCACGAAGCCAAGGGCAGCCGCGACUUCUUCGCCUGCUGCCGUGACCCGGAGGUCGCCAGCACCCUGACCCUGCAGCCGAUUGAGCGCUUCGCCGGCCUCCUCGACGCUGCUAUCAUCUUCUCCGAUAUCCUCGUCGUGCCCCAGGCCCUCGGGAUGACGGUCGAGAUGGUCGACAAGAAGGGCCCCCACUUCCCCGAGCCUCUCAAAACCCCGACCGAUGGGCAGUAUGAAAAGGUCCUGUCCAAGAACGUCGAUGUCGCCUCCGAGCUCGACUACGUGUACAAGGCCAUCACCCUCACCCGCAAGAAGCUCGCCGGCCGCGUACCCCUCAUCGGCUUCUGCGGCGCCCCCUGGACGCUGUUCUGCUACAUGGUCGAGGGCGGCGGCACCAAGCUCUUCAUGCAGAGCAAGACGUGGAUCUACCGCUACGCCGAGGAGUCCAAGAAGCUCCUGCAAAAGAUUGCCGAGGUCUGCGUCGAAUACCUCGCGCUGCAGGUCAAGGCGGGCGCCCAGAUGAUUAUGGUCUUCGACUCGUGGGCGGGCGAGCUCGGCCCCGAGGCCUUCAAGGAGUUCAGCCAGCCGUACUUGUCCUACAUCUCCGAGAACCUCCCCAAGAAGCUCGCCGAGAUGAACCUGGAGCGCGUUCCCAUGACCGUCUUCCCUAAGGGCGCCUGGCACGCUCUGGACUCUGUUAUUGACAUCGGCUACGACGUCAUCGGCCUCGACUGGCUCCAGGAUCCCGCCGAGGCCGUUAAGAUUCGCGGCGACAGGCGCGUUACCUUCCAGGGCAACGCUGACCCUGGCGUCUUAUACGGUACCCACGAGCGCAUGACUGAGGCCGUCGAGAUCAUGGUCAAGGGCUUCUACGGUAAUGGAAAGAAGGGGUGGAUUGCAAACCUGGGCCACGGUAUCACCCCGGGUGUUAACCCUGAGGAUCUCCGAUUCUAUCUAUCGGAAAUCCAUCGUUUGACGAAGAACUAG